AUGUUCUGCUACCAUCUCCUCUCCUUUCUGAAACCCUUCUUGGCCCUCACGUCAUCUAUGGACUGGAUUCCUCUCGGUUUGUUUUUGGGUGCUCGCAGCGGCAAGGCCGACAAGCGGGCUCAUCACAACGCUUUGGAGCGCAAGCGCCGUGAUCAUAUCAAAGAUAGCUUUACGAUGCUCCGUGACACCAUUCCCUCCAUUAACGGCGAAAAGCAAGUUCAAGUCUCAAGGGCACAAAUCUUGAACAAGGCCACCGAUUACAUUCAAUAUAUGCGCAAGCGCAACCAAGCACACCAGGCGGAAAUGGAGGAGCUUCGCCGACAAAACGCAUCUUUGCAAAUGCAAAGCCAGAUGCAACAUGCCAAAUCGGAAGAAGACGGCGAGGACAUU